CAUCACAUCACACCUGUGUUAAAUCUGCCAUUCAGUGGCCGUCGCUCCCCAAAUCCAUUUGGAGGAAGCCCAAAGAGAUAGGAGAGCUCGACUUCCGCUCCCGAGACGGUCAUCCCUGCUUCCCCCGAGCUCCGGAAUUGCUGGGAAAGGGUCGGCGGCGGGUUUGAUUUAGCUAGUAAUCGAUUCACCCAGAGACCAAUCUUGUUUGUCCUUUGUGAUAGGUGUGAUUUCUCUUUUCCGCUACCAGGGUUGUUCUUGUUGAGCAGCGGCGGAGAGCGAGUUCUUCAGGGAAAGGGUGUAGCCGUGAGUUGUUUUGAAGGGUCAUAGAUGCUUAAGAUGGAAAAAAAAGGAGAACAACGAUGGUUUGUUCUUCGAAAUCGACACUACUAGAAUUUGCUGCGGAAGCAGAACUCUAGGGUUGAUGAUGUUUGUUGGUCGAAACAUCAAGCUAUUCUGAGACGGAACUAAAGAUCGAGCCUCUGUCACUUAAAGGUUCGCUGGGAGGGCCGGGCGCCCGCCUGGUUAAACUUAGGCCAGCUCGAGCGUGAGUCGAAGCAAAACACUCAUCUGGUUCGAUUGAACCAGGUAUCUGUCGCAGAAACCACCACCCGCCUGUGCCCUAACGCCGAAGUCCUUCUUUCCCCCACUGCGUUCCUCGCGGCGGCGGAGUUCCUCCCACCGGCGAACGACGGCGGCAGCGGCGGCGGCUUCUUCCCCUCCCUCCAGCCUGGUGGAUUACGAAGAAUCAAGUUGCCAUGCAUAAAGACAGUGGCUCCAGUGACACUCCAAAUUAUUUGGGACGAAUUCGACAUCGUAAACGCCCUAGUGAGGUUUCUGCAGAUGCAAAUAAAGCAAAUGGAUCAAAAUUGCUUGUUAAUGACCGCAAUAAAUACAAAUCAAUGCUUAUUCGUACUUAUUCAUCAGUGUGGAUGAUAGGGGGCUUCACUUUUAUAAUCUAUAUGGGCCAUCUCUAUAUAUGGGCGUUGAUCGUCGUCAUCCAAAUUUUUAUGGCCAAGGAGCUUUUUAAUCUACUCAGAAGAGCCAAUGAAGAAAGACAGCUUCCAGGGUUUAGGCUGUUAAAUUGGCAUUUUUUCUUCACUGCAGUGUUGUUUACUUAUGGGCGCUUUCUUAGCCGGCAGCUUGUCAACACUGUGACUUCAGAUAAAUUGUUGUAUCAGCUUGUUAGCGGCCUUAUUAAAUAUCAGAUGUUUAUUUGCUAUUUCCUGUAUAUUGCAGGUUUUGUGUGGUUUAUUCUUACACUUAAGAAGAAGAUGUAUAAGUAUCAGUUCAGCCAAUAUGCGUGGACACACAUGAUUCUUCUAAUGGUAUUUGUGCAAUCUGCUUUCACCGUCGCAAACAUAUUCGAGGGUAUAUUUUGGUUUCUCUUACCAGCAUCACUUAUUAUUAUCAAUGACAUUGCUGCAUAUUUUUUUGGGUUCUUUUUUGGGAGAACACCAUUGAUCAAACUAUCUCCAAAGAAAACUUGGGAGGGUUUUAUUGGGGCAUCAAUCACGACAUUGAUCUCUGCCUUCAUGUUAGCAAAUAUAAUGGGCCAGUUCCAAUGGCUUACAUGUCCUAGAAAGGACUUAUCAACCGGAUGGCUGCAUUGUGAUCCUGGCACGUUGUUUAAACCAGAAUAUUUUUCAGUACCUAGAUGCAUGCAUCAGUGGUUUCCUUGGAAAGAAGUAGCAAUUUUGCCUGUGCAGUGGCAUGCUUUAGCUCUUGGUCUGUUUGCAUCAAUCAUAGCACCAUUUGGAGGAUUCUUUGCAAGUGGUUUUAAACGUGCCUUCAAACUUAAGGACUUCGGUGACAGCAUUCCUGGACAUGGUGGAAUUACUGACAGAAUGGAUUGCCAAAUGGUCAUGGCCGUUUUUGCAUACAUAUACCAUCAAUCAUUUGUCAUGCCUCAAAGUUUGUCAGUUGAGAUGAUUUUGGAGCAGAUAUUAAGGAACCUUACCUUUGAGGAGCAACAGUUUCUAUAUGAGCAACUUGGGAAUAUCUUUCAAGCCAGGCAACUGUUGCAAGCCUAGUUUCUUCGUGAUGGCCAGACUCCAGAAUCAUUAUAUAUUUGGCACCAUCUUAUGAUACACCAUUGAACGGAUGGAACUCGUGAAACUGUUGAUCUUUGAAACUGCUUGUAAAUAGUUUUUGCACCAUAUUAGCUUGCAGCAUGACUGCAACUGGAUCAGGUCCAGCACCGCGGAAACAUACUAUAUCUUCUUGCAUGUGUUUGUCCAGGUUGGAGUAAGCUGGUGUCAUGCAUCUAUAUAAAGUUGAGGAUUAGAUGUACCGAGAAUCAUUGAUCUAGAAUCUCAUACAUUGAAGUAUAUUUUGGUAAUGCACUGAAAUGAUUAGAAAACAAUGAGGAUUGAAUGCUAAAACGUCAUUUUCUGGAGGAUGAGCACUUUUUGCUGAUGAUGUUGUACUCUUUUAUGCAACAUCUGGAGGAUUAGAUGUACCCUUUCUGGAUGUAUGUUUAUUAUGCUUCUUUCUCCCUUGGGAAUGAUAUAAACACAUAGGUCUGAGGUAUUGUGACAGCUAUUGUGGCUUUAAUUUGUUACGAAAUUUAAUGGAACAAACAAAUCAGAUGAUUUUGGAUUC